UCCCCCAAUCUGAUCAUUUAAUAAUAUAUUCAUUCCAUAUACAUACGUAUAUUCUGCACAUUAUAUAUUAUACGUUUUAUAUAAAUACACAUAAUACAACCGAGCAAUCUAAAGAGCAGUCAUCACAAUUCCAUCCGAUUACUAAUUUGAGCUUCGAAGGAACCAACCAUGAAUCGUUCUUUAACUUCUUUUUCCAUUUUUGUAUUUGGAAUUCUCCACAUAGUUUCAGUCUCAUCAGCUUUCUUCGAUUUGCCGGCCUUUCGGAGAGAAAAAGAAGAAGUUCCAGACUCCCCAACUAAAGAUUUUUUACAUGUAAAAGACCUACCAAAUCUAACUCCUAAAGCAGCGGCUCCGUCGUCCUAUAACAAGUAUGAGUAUCAUGAUGAUGAUGAGAAUUCUUCACCUCAUGAUGAUCACGAUAAACCAUUGGAGGGUAUCUUUUCCCUACCUCUUCCCUCUUUACUCUCUGAUCACCACACCAACCAAUCCAAUGAUGAAGACAAAGACAAAGACAAAGACAGAGAUUACAACGAUGAAGAUUAUUAUUCCCUUUCCAAUAACUACUACUACCAGAGUUGUCCAGAUUUGGAAUAUAUUGUCAAUAGCAAAGUACAACAAUGGGUUGCCAAAGAUAACACCCUUGCUCCUGCACUCCUCAGGUUGCACUUCCAUGACUGUGCGGUCCGGGGAUGCGAUGGCUCAGUUUUGCUAAAUGACGAUGGAAGCGAGAGGACAGCAGCAGUAAGCAAAACACUCAGAGGAUUUGAAGUGAUCGACGAUAUAAAAUCAGAGGUGGAGAAGAAUUGUCCGAAAACGGUGUCGUGUGCUGAUAUUCUGACUGCAGCUGCAAGAGAUGCCACGGUUCAAGCUGGAGGUCAAUACUGGGCAGUUGACUUUGGUAGAAAGGAUGGUCUGGUUUCCAUUGCUGAAGAAGCUGAGUCGAUGGUCCCAAUGGGUCGGGAAAGCAUCACGGAUUUGAUCAUGUUUUUCCAGUCUCUUGGGUUAGAUAUUGAUGACUUGGUUUCCCUCUCUGGGGCGCACACCAUUGGAAGGUCAUCUUGUGAGUCGUUACAACACCGUCUGUUCAACUACAGUCAGACCCAGCCAUUAGAUGGGACCAUUAAUUCAAAGUUCGCUGAUUACUUGCAGAGAAAAUGUAGAUGGUCGACCGAUCACUACGUACAGCUAGACUCACAGACUCCCUCUAAAUUCGACAAUGAAUACUUUUUUAACAUAAAGUAAAGGAAAACAGGAGUCUUAUCAACUGAUCAGCUACUCGCUUCCGAUUCAAGAACUUCAUACAUUGUCGAGACUUUGGCUAACAACGAUGGCUCUUACACUUUCAACCAACAAUUUCAGAAAUCCAUGAAGAAGCUUGGCAAUGUUCAAGUCCUUACUGGUCGCAACCAAGGCGAAAUCCGAGCAAAUUGCAAUUUUGUCAACUCUGCUCCUUAUUGACCAUUGUUCUCUUGACAAAUGUGAAAUAUUUAAUUUGUAUAACUUUGUUAAACGUUUCAUUUUAAUUUUCGUCAUUUUAAAUGAUCAUUUGAAAUAUUCUCCAUCGUUUUGAUACUAUAUAGAAAAUAAUCUUGAUGAUGAAGCUCCCUACUAUAAUUUCUUGAAAAAUGUAAGGGAUAUUUGUGAGAUAAAUGUCUCAUUUAUAGAUUCCAUAUACUUAUAUACUACUAGCAAAAAUUACGUGCGAGGCACGUAUACUAAAUUUUAUGCUAGUUUUUUUCUAUGUUAUUUAAAAGUGAUACAAUAAAAAAUUAAAGAAAAAUAUUAUUAGUUAUUAGGUGAAAUUAUUAUUAUGUGUAUCUAAAUAUUAUAAUUUAUAAUGUUGUCAAUUAAAAGUGAAUACCGAAUGCAAUAUAUUAGUGUUUAAGAAAGCUUUGAUGAUUUAAAUAUGUUCUUAAGUUAAUCCAAAAAUAAAUUAAAAAUUGAUGUUCCAAUACUUAAAGAAACAUUACUUAAAUGGGUGUAAGAUAAAAAGAAAAUUAAAAAUCAAUCUCUAAAUUAUUGAUAAUUGAAGAUAGCAUUUGUCUAAAAAUUGUAGAUAAGAAAACUAAUGAUAGUCAUUGGUGGAUUUCAAUCUUCCUUUGCUUCGAUAGUGUAAUUUUUGUAUUUUGCACUUUUUUAUUCUAGCCGGGUCCGCAUAUAUGUGGAUUGUCUAUUUUUUCGUUGAUAAAUUGAAUAUGGUAGUGUCGACAAAAAGAAGAAACCAUGUUUAACAUAAAGCGAUAGUAUUCUAUAACAAAAUACUAUUAAAUUAUUAAAAUAAAACUCUAUACGAUUAAAAUUUCAUAUUUAUCUUUAUUCAAAAAGAAAAAAAAUUGAUAAAAAAAAUGAAAAGUUUCUAUUAUUUGAAUUUCUCAUAAACCAUUUUAUUUUUAAUAAUAAACCAUUUUAUUUUUAAUAUAAAUAGAAAG